CGUUUUAUAAUCCUCUCUCUCCAUCUCAACAAAAGCCACACGCUCUCACAAAUAAGAAGAUUAAUCAUCUUUCUUUGGACAAUGGCUUCCACUGCUCUCUCCAGCGCCAUCGUUAGCACAUCCUUCCUCCGCCGCAAGCAGACACCAAACAGCCUCAGAUCUCUUCCGGCGGGCAACACACAAUCCCUCUUCCGCCUCAAAUCGUCCACAGCUCGCGGCGGCCGCGUCACAGCCAUGGCUACCUACAAGAUCAAGUUCAUCACACCAGAUGGAGAGAAGGAAGUGAAGUGCGACGGUGACACAUACGUCCUCGACGCGGCAGAGGACGCCGAGAUGGAUUUGCCGUACUCGUGCCGUGCGGGAGCUUGCUCGAGCUGCGCAGGUAAAAUAGUGUCUGGCUCCGUUGACCAGUCGGACCAGAGCUUCUUAGACGAUGACCAGAUCAGCGAAGGGUUUGUUCUCACGUGCAUCGCUCGUCCAACUUCUGAUGUCGUUAUUGAAACCCAUAAAGAAGACGCCAUGAUUUAAAUUACUCAAAAAGUAUUUCACUUUCUAUCGAAUCAUCGCAUUAGAGAAUAUGUUGGUGAUGUAUAAUAAUAACUCAUGUCGUUCUUUUCUAUACCCUCUGUUUCGGUUUUACAGUAUUUUACGUGGAUGUCAAGUAAUAUAUAUAUAUAUAUAUAUUUGAAAGAAUGUAAAAUUAAUUUCAAUAAAAGAACACUUUACAAUAAA